UGUCAAAGGUGUCAAAGCAAAAUUUGCUGCUGCAUUUUCAAGUGUCAAGUGCCUUUUGCUUUUUGAUUUCACGUUGGGUGUGUGAUAGAGAAUUUAUAUCAUUUUCGUUUUUGUUUUAAUUUUAAAUUAAAUAUGAUCACUGCAUCGCAUAUCUUUGAUGAAUUGUACGACAUAUUUUGGAAGGCGCCUUUGUAUACGUUAUGUCUAGAGGUUUCCCUUCUUAUAUCCGUUGUUUGGCUAGUGUUGCACCGGAAAAAAGAUCGUAUUAAAUUGACGCCGCAACAGAAAGCUGAUUUACUGGAUAAAUGGAACCCAGAGCCGUUGAUAAACGAUGUGACCAACACGAUGGUUCCAUCGCCGAGAGUAGUUACUGGUCGUGCCGGUAAACGAUUGACAAUCGAUGGACAUGAUUGUCUGAACUUGGCCACGCACAAUUAUUUGGGUCUAGUUGAAGACAAGGAGAUAGAAGAAAGUGCUAUUAAGUGCCUGAGAAAGUAUGGAGUUGGAUCGUGCGGUCCGAGAGGAUUCUAUGGCACUUCUGACGUUCAUUUGGAAUUGGAGGUGCGUUUAGCAAAAUUUAUGCAAGUGGAAGCAGCGGUUCUCUAUUCCUAUGGUUUUUCAACGAUUGCUAGUGCUAUUCCAGCAUACUGUAAACGAGGAGACAUUAUUUUUGUCGAUGAAUGUGUUCACUUCGCCAUUCAAAAAGGUCUGGAUGCGUCCAGAAGUAAAAUUGUUUACUUUAAGCACAACGACAUGGACGAUUUGGAGCGAUUACUGGCGGAACAACAAAAGGCUGAUUUAAAGAAUCCAAAGAAAGCUGCUAAGAGUCGUCGUUUCCUCGUUGCUGAGGGAAUCUACAUGAAUGUCGGUGAUAUCUGUCCACUGCAAAGAUUGGUUGAACUGCGCCAGAAAUAUAAACUUCGGCUUAUUUUGGACGAAAGUGUGUCUUUUGGCGUGUUGGGUGAGAAUGGUCGCGGCUUGACGGAGUAUCUUAACGUGGAUCGCAAAGAAAUCGAUAUGAUUUGUGGUACUUUGGAAGGCGGCGUUGGUUCAAUCGGAGGCUUUUGCGUCGGAACAACAUAUAUUAUCGAUCAUCAAGUUCUGUCUGGACUAGGGUAUUGCUUCUCUGCAUCCACUCCGCCACUUCUUACACAAGCAGCAAUAUCCGCCAUAGAUCGAUUUGAACGGGAACCAUCAAUUUUCGAGGAACUCAGAACGAAUUCAAAACUACUGCACGAAAAACUUAAUCGGCUGACUCAUUUCGAAUUAGGAGGUCAUCCAUUGUCGCCCGUAAAACAUUUAUACUUGAAGACGGAGAGUGAUCGAGACACCGAACGAUCAUUGAUUGGUCAAAUUGUUGACGCUUGCGUCGAAAGUAAUUUGGCUGUAACGAAUGCUGAAUACUUAGUCGAUCGUGAACACCCGAAAUGUCCACGCUCCAGUAUCAGACUCACAUCGAACCGUCUACUUACCGGCGAUGAUAUUGAUUUCGUUGUGAACACAUUAGAAAAUGUUUCCAAGCGAAUUUUAGUCUAGUGUUAUUAACAUAAAACGGCAAGUCUGCUUACAUAUAGGUGAUGAACUGUCGAACAGUGAGUAAGUAACAGAGCAAUUUCUCCGAUUUGAUGCUUUUUCGGAUUUCAUUGACGUAGAAGAAUUUCCUGGAACUGUUUUUCGAUCAAAAAAAUAUAUUUUGAGGCGAUGGAUACGUUAUGUCGAGGGUCUAUUCGCCUGUCCAGUAGACCAAAUAAAUCGAUUCGUAUUUCGGCACGGCGCAUAAAUUUAGAUUUAGUUUGUCACAAUUCACAGCAACAGGCAGCGAUAAACAAGUUAAUUUAGUGAUUUUGUGGACGGAAUGUUCCAUGAAAUUAAUUUGUUUAAUGAUGGGAAAUUCUACAUUCAAGUAUUUAGCAGCUUUAGACGACGAAGAAGCAUUGAACCGAGAAUUGUUUUGUAGUAAUUCCUCACAGUAUCGAUACUUCAUUUCUUAGUAUUCCUGCCCUAACUUCUAUCAACAAUUUUUUUAAAAACUACUUUUAGUAUUAGGAACACAUUUUGUUUAGGCAAUCAUUGCGUGUACCUUGCACAGCCACAGAGACCAAAUAAAGUUAUUUUU